AUGUUGCAGGAAUGGGACGCAGGACUUUCCAGUGACGCUUGUAACGAAGCAAGAGGUGUUGUACCCUCCAAUGCACCUCAUAAAUUCAAGGCAGAAAAAUCGUUCACGAGGGAUGGAUCAGUCCCAGACAUGAUACUGGAAACCCUACAGGACGGUUUGAGCGACAAAACACAAACCGAGAAUGUGAGUCAAAAAAUCUUUCAUAACACUGAGAUUUUGUAUUUCUUAUAA